CUGAACACACCAUUGACUUUGUUUUCCUGUGAUCACGUGGUGAGGUGUGUGUGCACGUGUAAUUGACAGAGGCUCUCAUGGAGAGCGCUGGAGCGCGAGAAGGGUACAAACACAGCAGUCAGGGCUGUGGCGAGGUAUACAGAAAAGGCAUACGCAGGGGUUGAGAGUUUAAUUUUAAUAUGAUUACAAUGGACAAAACCUAAGAGGGCAACAUACAGACAAAAGAUCCCGGGUAUAUACAUGUAUACCCGAUUUCUAUAAAAUAAGGGAUAUGUUGCGUAUGACCUAAUUAAAACGAAACUCAGGCAAACUGAAUGUAUUUUUUUUUUUUUUAAAUACGGUUUCCGUUACGCUGAAAGCGAAUACCUGACUGGAAUUUUUUUUUUUUUUUUGUAUUUUGUAUAGAAGUAUGAUUCAAUAAAAUAAGAUACCCGGGUGUAACGAUACAAGAUCAGCAUUAAAAAAUAAAUACAAAAAAAAUACGAAAUCGGAUUUGUUUCGGAAGAAUGACGUGCACUUACGUUGGCUUUAGGUUUAUCGGCAAUAAAAUGUAAACAUUGUCAUUUGCGGAGAAGGACGCUGGCUUGUAAAUACGUGAAUACACCUGCAGCUUUAACAAAACAAGUACGAAUACACUAUUUACACUGUAUUUUUAUUUUUGUAUAAUUAAAACCUUUUUUUUUAUUUUCUCUCUAAAUGCAAUCCAUAAAUUCAAGUUGUUUAAUAUAUUGAAAAGUAUUGUUUUGAAAAAAGAUUGUUUCAAGAAGACACUCCGAUGACUAAACUAAGAUGACCCUCUAAAAAUGAGAAAAGGAAAUUAUGUGGCAAGUUUGGAUAUAGAAUGAAAGCUUUCCUACCAAGCUGUCCUUCUGUCCGCCUCAUCUUCAUGAUUGACGCCUGCAGCGUGAGACAAUUGCACAUCCCACAGCAUUUCAAACUGCAAAGACUCUUGCAAAAUGGGCAGGGGAUAUGAGCUACGUGCGAUACUACUACGACGAGUCGAGAUGAACAUGCUGAAAUGGAAAAUUUGGAACAGAGGGAUCUUCUAAAAAACUGCACACCUGCGGAGCCCGAUCUGUCAUUCCAAAGGGAGACACACCAGCCGAGAGGGCUCAACUCUGGGGAGACGCAGCUGAGCCAACCCCUUGAUGCUGACACUGCCAUGGGGGUAGAAGGCUACGGCAGCUCUCCUGUCAGAACCAGACAACUCCCCUCAUGUUCCACAGAGCUGUUUUCUAGUAUCGGCUCCCAAAAGCCUGUUUCUGGGAUCCCGGUUUUAAAGCCGCGGGUGGAAGCGGGGGUACCACUAUUAUUAAACGGGACGGCAUCAACAUAUAGUGAAACUCCGAGUGGGUGCAGACAGGGGAAUGCGGGGGCGAUGGGCUCCCCCAGUCAACCAGCCUCGGUUGAACCAGUUAAAAGAAUUCAGCUCAUAGAAAACAACGAGCCCGCCCAUAGAGUUGGUUUAUUAAAAAGAGACGAAAAUGAUCGGCUGUUAAAACGUCAUCGGACAGUGGCUAGCAGGGCCUCAGAUUAUUGCCUAACAGCAAAUAGGUCAGGGGACCCUGCUUGCCCUGACAGCAAAAGAAGACGCGUGGAAAGCGGAGAUGGCGAGCCAAGCUUGGAGAGUAAAGACAUAGUACCAAACAGCCAAAACCAUAUCAAUAAAAGCAAUACAAUUAAAGAGGGGCAGGCAUCGAACACUGCAGCCCGGCGCUUGUCAGCAUCCGAUGCCGUGGUCCGGACCUCCCCAGAACGCACUGCCCUGGACUACAUCGUCCCCUGCAUGAAGUGUUACGGUAUAUGCGUCAAGGACGGUUUUCUAGGAGACGAGCUGGGCAGCCAAGUACUCCGGGAGGUUGAAGUCUUAAACCAGAGUGGCCAAUUCCGGAAUGGACAGUUAGUGAGCCAGCGGACUAUCCCCUCCCGAAAUAUCAGGGGUGACCAGAUUGUGUGGGUGGAGGGGGGCGAGCUGGGCUGUGAGAGUAUCCGCUCACUGAUGGGGCGCAUUGAUGAGGUAAUCAUGUACAGCGCUAUGAAUGGCAGGCUUGGAGACUGCAUGAUCAACGGCAGGACCAAGGCGAUGGUGGCGUGUUACCCGGGUAACGGGACAGGGUACGUUCGUCACGUGGAUAAUCCCAACGGAGAUGGUCGCUGCAUCACCUGCAUUUACUAUCUCAACAAGAACUGGGACGUCAAGGUUCACGGCGGGCUCCUCCAGAUUUUCCCAGAGAGUCGCACCGUAGUGGCGAAUAUCGAGCCAAUUUUCGACAGGCUCUUGAUCUUCUGGUCAGACCGGAGGAACCCUCAUGAAGUCAAACCAGCAUACGCCGCACGGUAUGCCAUUACAGUCUGGUACUUUGAUGCAAAGGAGCGUGCAGAAGCCAAAGAGAAGUACAGACUCGCUGCUGGACAGAAGGGGGUCCAAGUGCCUGUAACACAAAGUGGCAUGCCCUAACAAAACCAGGGUCAAAACAGCCGAUCAGGAGUGCCAGGAAUUGCUGUGCUGCUAUUGGACGGGUUGGAGAGAGGCCCUUCCCAGCACCGCCAAGAAGCCCCGCCCACCUCCAUGCAUUGGUCCAUUCAAUGGGGUUGCAUGGAUUUGGGUGAUUGAUAAAGAGGUGAAUUUGGUAGGGGCCUAGGUUGACCCCAAGAUGGGACACGGGCAGGUGGCGAGAAUUAGUGUGAACCUGACAGAAGAAAUGGAACAAGAAGUGUGGGGUGGCCAUAUUCUGUUGUGAGGGCUACAGUCAACAACAGUCUCUCACCAAGGAUAUCCAUUAAUGCAUUCCCAAGUUCCCAUAUUUGUAAAAUAUAGUAAAACCCAGUUUAAGAUCAGUUCUUUGGAAGCUGGUUAUUUUCACUGUCAGGUUGAAAAAUGUUUACAUGUAAAUGUAUUUUUCAAAUUGAAAUCAAUUAAGGGUAUAUUGAACACUGAUGAUGGCACUAAACAUUAGGCUACUUGACAUAGAGGUUGAUUUCAUCAGCCUAUACCCUGGUAAGAGUAUCUUACAGCACUGGGGAUUCACACUGUAUUGCAUCAACCACCUGUCCCUUGAUCAGCCCAGGAUUACCCAAAAUAUAAGUGGUUGAUUCAACCAAUGUGCUGUAAAAUGCUUUUAAAAAUCCAGCUGUGGCUAUAUCCUGUAUAGGCUGAUCAAAUAAAGCUCUUAGUUUCCUA